AUGUCUUUUUAUCUGAUUGCAUUGUGUCUAUUUAUACAUGCUUCUGGUGUCUUAGGAAUACCUGGCCAGUUUUAUGAUCCUCUCGUUUCUACGGAAGCUUUAUGUUCAAGGGUAGUCGAAGUCAUACCUAGUUAUAUUCAUACGCCUGAGAACUUAUAUGAAUGCGACAAAUCAUCCAUUUCGACACCUAGUCAAGGCAGUAUAUUAAAAGUUAAGGUGGAAUGGGUUAGAUGGUUAAAGUGUCGGGAUAAAUUUGAAGUAGUAGUAAAAAACUGUAAUAAAUAA